CCCACUACUUCCGUGUUUGCGUCCGUGUCCUGCGUGUCUUGCCUAUCUCGCAGACUCGAGUGGUUUUUGGCUACAGUUUUGAGAUAAAUAAUCAUGUCUCUGGAGGUGGAAUCAGCAGACGUGAUCCGUCUGAUUAUGCAGUACUUAAAGGAAAAUAACCUGCAGCGGACAUUAGCCACCCUGCAGGAGGAGACCACCGUGUCCCUGAACACUGUGGACAGUAUAGAGAGCUUUGUGGCGGACAUAAACAGCGGCCACUGGGACACUGUCCUGCAAGCCAUCCAGUCCCUCAAGCUGCCAGACAAGACCCUGAUAGACCUUUAUGAACAGGUGGUGUUAGAGCUGAUCGAGUUGAGAGAGUUGGGUGCAGCCCGUUCCCUCCUCAGGCAGACAGACCCCAUGAUCAUGCUGAAACAGACCCAGCCAGAGAGAUACAUCCACCUGGAGAACCUGUUGGCUCGCUCGUACUUCGAUCCCAGAGAGGCAUAUCCAGACGGCAGCAGCAAGGAGAAGCGCCGGGCAGCCAUCGCCCAGGCUCUGGCUGGAGAGGUCAGCGUGGUGCCGCCCUCUCGUCUCAUGGCUCUGCUGGGACAGUCUCUGAAGUGGCAGCAGCAUCAGGGCCUCCUGCCUCCUGGUAUGACUAUCGAUUUGUUCAGGGGUAAAGCUGCCGUUAAAGAUGUGGAGGAGGAGCGCUUCCCCACCCAGCUCAGCAGACACAUCAAGUUUGGACAGAAGUCUCAUGUGGAGUGUUCCCGAUUCUCCCCUGAUGGUCAGUACCUGGUCACUGGCUCUGUGGACGGCUUCAUCGAGGUCUGGAACUUCACCACCGGCAAAAUCAGAAAGGAUCUAAAGUACCAGGCUCAGGAUAACUUCAUGAUGAUGGACGAUGCAGUGUUGUGUAUGGGCUUCAGUAGAGACACAGAGAUGUUGGCCACCGGAGCUCAGGAUGGAAAGAUCAAGGUGUGGAAGAUCCAGAGCGGCCAGUGUCUGAGGAGGUUUGAGCGCGCCCACAGUAAAGGAGUAACAUGCAUCAGUUUCUGUAAAGACAGCAGCCAGCUCCUCAGUGCCUCCUUCGACCAGACAAUCAGAAUCCACGGACUGAAGUCUGGCAAAACUCUAAAGGAGUUCCGCGGUCACUCGUCAUUUGUGAACGAGGCCACCUUCACUCCAGACGGUCACCACGUCAUCAGCGCUUCUUCAGACGGUACAGUCAAGAUGUGGAACAUGAAGACCACCGAGUGCACCAACACCUUCAAGCCUCUGGGCACGUCGGCCGGCACUGACAUCACAGUCAACAACGUUAUCCAGCUGCCCAAGAACCCGGAGCACUUUGUCGUGUGUAACCGCUCCAACACGGUGGUCAUCAUGAACAUGCAGGGACAGAUCGUGAGGAGUUUCAGCUCUGGUAAGAGGGAAGGUGGUGACUUUGUGUGCUGCACUCUGUCGCCCCGCGGCGAGUGGAUCUACUGCGUGGGUGAAGACUUUGUGCUCUACUGCUUCAGCACCGUCACCGGCAAGCUGGAGAGAACGCUGACGGUCCAUGAGAAGGAUGUGAUCGGCAUCGCCCACCACCCCCACCAGAACCUCAUCGCCACCUACAGUGAGGACGGUCUGCUGAAGCUAUGGAAGCCUUGAGGUGUUUGACGCCAAACUGAGACUGGACGUUGUCACACAGCAGCUGCUCUCUUCACUCUGGACACUGCUCUGCCCGCUCUGUUUCAGAUCACUGUGAACUCAAGGACUUGUUAUACAUGUGGACGAUCUCAGUAACAGCAUACGUUUAAAUAUUCAGCUGCAUGUUUCAGUUUGUGCAGGUGAUUUACCUUUUUACCACUGAAGCCAUGCAGCUGGAUAUUAGUUGCCAAAGGCAGAGUGUUUGCACAGCAGAGCCUUUUUUACCUGAAACUGUUUCAGUUUGUCCAAAAGAAAUGGUGACAUCUUACAAAGCAAUAUAAGUUGGCUUUUCUUUUAUUCAGUUGAUGAAUUUGUAUGGGAAUGAAUGUGUCAUGUUGUUUCAGUGAUUCAAAAUAUCCAUAAUUCAGUUUCAGUUGCAGGUGAAAUAAAAAAGGUUCUGCUGUUCAGCACCUGACCUUUACAGACAAACAUCUUUUUGGAGAGAGGAGGGGAGUUGUCAGAUGUAGAUACUAGACUCCGUUUCGUUUUUAAAAUUCCUCUUUUUUUGUAAAUAUAUUUUUUAUUUGCAUUUUGGAUUUUGUUUUUCCAAGAACACCUGGUUAAAUAGUGUUUUGUUGUUUGUGUCUCUUUUUCUUCUUCUUGUUGAGUCCCACUUUGAAUUGAAUGGCAUCACUUCAGAUUCUUAAUACACAUAACACAUUCAGUUUAAUAAAAGGUCAUUGUACGGCUUUUCCCCCACAUUAAGAACAUGCAUUGGAAUGAGACGUAAUAUUUCAAUGUAUAAAUGUCAAUUGUUGAUAUUUUGUUUUUGCCAUUAAAGCUAUUUAACCAGAA